CUUCCAACCAUUUCAAAUUUCGAAACCCGUGUCGCCUACAUAUGCGUCCCUGCUUCGCCCGCACACGGCACCUCACCUGCCUAGUACAUGGGCAAGGCCAUCUCUCUUCUGCGCCCACCACCACCACCACCGAGCGAGAGCGGGAUGAUGGAGCUGAGGAAGCGCCCGCGGCCGCGGCUGCUCGACCCCGACUUCGUCUCGUCGCCCCCGCCCACGCCGCCCAGGAAGCGGCCCGCGGCGGCGGCGGAGGACCCGGCGCCGAGCAAGAGGGCCAGGCUGUGCGGGAGCUACUACAUCGGCAGCCCCGUCGUCGGGCUCCAGCCGACCAGGUGCUGCCGGCUGGCGGCGCCCCUGGCGCGCGCCUCCUCCAUCCCUCGCUCUCGCGUCCCCUUCAACUGGUAUGAGCCGGACAUGUGGACGGAGGUGGCCAAGUACCUGCACGGCGCCGACCUGGUGCACCUCGCCGCUACCUGCCACUGGUUCCGCCAUCUCCUCUUCGGAGAAGACUCGAUCUGGUGCUACGCCUUCUUCCGUGACCUCUCCCUCCGCACUGACGAUGCCAGGAUCCUCAAGCUCCUCAUUCCCCGCCCGUUCCACCGCUCCUGGCGCCUCCUCUACGUCAACGCCUUCAACAACACCCACGCAUACUGCUUUCGCCAGCCCAAGAAGCACAUCGAGUGGUUUCGCAUUGGUGGAUUCCUGAUGGACACGUCGAGGAUGCUGCUGACGGCGACGCUGGUGCUGCCACGAGGGAUGCCGCCGGCUGACGAGAACCCGCGGUUCUCCAUCAGUCUGACUGGGGCCUGCUUGCUCACCAACGUCCGACCUGGCAUCUGGAUCGCUGACAUGCACAUGGUGCGAUGCCCUGUGUGCAACUUCAAAAAGUGCAAAGGGACAAUGCAGGUUCUGGAAGCCCGGCACUGUGAGCUGUACCUGGAGAAGAAGUUCAAGGAUGGGACCUGGGAGUAUGAGGACAUUGGCAGUCACUUCAGCGAUGGGCCGCUGGAUAACGCCGGCGCUGCCAUCUUUAACUGCGACCACAUCCAUACCCCACACAUCGGCAACAUUCUCAAUGCCAAGUCUUGGAUCCGGGAACGCUCCAACCUGCUGCCCAGGGCACGCUUCACCCCCAUCGCUGUCGCCAUGAACAGCAACCUCAAACCCAACCAUGGCUUGCUGUCCAAGUUCAAGGCGAUGCGGUACUCGAAGGACGGGGAGAUCGUGUCUGUCAGGAUAACACAGCAGCUCCUGUGAUUCUGUGCUUGGUUUGUUUUAUGGCUGGGUUCCUUUGAUGCUGCAUUGUGGAAUGUGUUAAUGCGUAGCUAGUUUGCGGUGAUACUAGUGCUGACAGGGAUAGUCACAGAGGAGGGACAUAAGUACAGUAGAGUAAGUAAAUUGGCCUCUACACUAAACUUCAGAAAAUGAG